AUGCUCGCCCCAUUCAGUAUGAUACCGUUCUGUGCUCCCGCAUACUGUACGAGUACGGUACACCUCAUACUGGGACCCCAUUUGCCCGUCCUUCCGCUGAUUCUCUGCAUCCUUUCCUUUUUGCAUUUUUGCAUACACACUUGUUUGUUUGUUAUAUAUCAUACCGGUACUCCCAGUGUCGCCUUUGAUACAUCCACAUCCCCCCCUCCGUUAAAUAAGGCAGUUAAUAUUAUUCGUGAAAUACUAUCUACACCCAUCGCUGGUCCAACCGCGCCUGCCAACCGUCUCCCCUUCCGGCUGCCCUCCGCCUACCUUCCCGUGCUCUUCUCAUCAUUGACUCCACCUUCAUCCAGUUCACCGCAUCUUUACUCCAUCUAUCGUCGAUUCCGGCGCCGUCCUUUGUCUAUCUGA